AGGGUUUUUCAGGUAGCACUGGUUCGUUGGACGGAGCAGGUUGGUGUGCGGCUAGCGCAGCGAGACCUCACCUCGCUGCAACUUCAACUUUCCAAUGGACAGACAAAAAGCUUCCAAAUCCUGCAUCUGUUUCCAUUCACAUCCGAAACGAAACGUAUGGGGAUCAUCGUUAAGGAUGAAACAACAGAUGAGAUCAGUCUGCUGAUGAAAGGUGCUGAUACGGUGAUGGCUGGAAUGGUGCAGUAUAAUGACUGGCUGGAAGAAGAGUGCAGCAACAUGGCACGAGAAGGACUGAGAACAUUGGUUGUUGCAAAGAAAAUUCUAACAGCGGAGCAGCUGGCUGAUUUCGAAAAACACUAUCAUCAAGCCAAAAUGACUGUUGUCGGUCGAAGUGAGCAUAUGGCUGCUGUGUUGCGACGCCUGGAAACCGAUCUCCAGCUUCUUUGUCUGACCGGCGUUGAGGAUAGACUGCAGGACCAGGUAACGACUUCAUUGGAAUUGCUUCGAAAUGCGGGUAUCAAGAUUUGGAUGCUUACCGGUGAUAAACUUGAAACAGCUAUAUGCAUAGCCAAAUCGUCCGGUUUGUUCUCCAAAACUGAUAAUGUUCACGUCUUCGGACAAGUGCAGACAAGGAUUGAGGCCCAUAAUGAGCUUAAUGCCUUACGAAGAAAGAAUGAUGUAGCACUGGUUUUGUCCGGAUCGGCGCUGAAUGUCUGUUUGCAAUAUUAUGAGGCAGAAGUGGCUGAGCUCGUUUGUGGCUGCACAGCGGUGGUUUGUUGUAGAUGCUCACCGGAACAGAAAGCACAAUUGGUAAAUUUGUUGCGAAAGUACCGCUCACCUUUACGAGUAGCUGCAGUGGGUGAUGGUGGCAACGACGUAUCGAUGAUUCAAGCAGCACACGCUGGAAUUGGAAUCGAUGCGCACGAAGGAAAACAGGCCUCAUUAGCAGCAGAUUUUUCAAUUCCCCAAUUCGCGCACAUCUGCCGGCUUCUGCUUGUUCAUGGUCGUUAUUGCUAUAAGCGUUCAUGUGCUCUCUCGCAGUUUGUCAUGCAUCGAGGGUUGAUAAUUUCGAUUAUGCAAGCAAUCUUUUCCUGUGUUUUCUAUUUCGCUUCUGUAUCGCUCUAUCAGGGUGUGCUAAUGGUCGCGUAA